GUCGGAGCUCCUUAUCGACUUCUUUUUUUGCACGAACAUUAGCAGGCGAUGUGAUAGAAUGCGAGCGUUCUUUAACUAGCGCCAAGUUUACCCUGUUUAUAAAAUGCGCGCAGAGAGUAAGGUCUCAGACGAACAGCGCGUUAUUAUCAUUUCCCCUUAUUACGCGAACGAACGCAACCGGCAAAGAAACAACUACAGUUUCCUCCUUCGAGUGACACAGCUUGUUUGUGACCUUGGUUAGAAGGAGGCUCUCCCGGUCGUGUCUAGGAUACCCGUGCGCCUCAUAUAUUCCCAUUUCUCGGGAAAAAAAAAAAAGGGAAGAGAAAAGGACAUCAUCCGUCGGCGUGAGAAAACUCAAACUUGGAAAACCUCUCACAGCGGGAGGAAAACGGUGACCGACGAAAGCACAUGACGAACAGAAACGAGAAAAUAGUUCCAGACAGUCCAUGGUCUUGGGUGGUGGCCGUGGGUUGUUUCUGGAACCUCAUGUGGUUGAGCAUAGUGAGAAGGUCCGGCGCAAUCGUCUUCGUUGCGCUGGUCUCCGAGUAUGGCGCCACCAGAGAGCAGGCCACCUGGGUCAUCAGCGUCAGCUUCAGCGUGGCUUGUCUAUUCGGACCAGCAGUGGGGGUUCUGGCCAAGUUAUUCUCAACCAGAGCGAUUUGUCUGGUUGGCUCUUUGGUGCUUAGUAUUAGCACUAUUUUAUGUUUCGCCGUCAACGACAUUUCUUCGUUCAUCAUCUUGCUUGGCGUAUUCAACGGAAUCGGCAUAGGGGUUGCUCUCGUCAUCAACGACAUUGUCAUCAACCAAUACUUUAAAAAGUAUCGAGCCUCGGGCGCAGGAAUAAACUAUAGCGGCGGAACGCUUGCGGCAUUUGCAUUUCCCCCGUUGUUCCAGAUGCUGAUAGACCACUACGGUUCAAAAGGAGCAUUUCUCAUCUCUGGCGGACUGUGUCUAAAUUCGCUUGCCGGUCCUCUACUGUACAGAGAUCCCCCUCACAACAAAGUCGCACCAGUUCAAGCACCGAUCAUCGACAAUGUGCAGCCCAAUAAAGAUGGAACAGACGACAAUGGAGUCGACCAGGAAGGAGCUCUUCGUGAAACAACUGGAAACAACGAAUGCUCGGGGGACAGAAAAAUAGCGUGGAUCGAUGAUCCGCAGGAAGCCGCUCAAGGGCCGGUUCUUCAAGAAGGCUCCAAACGAGACGAGACCACAGCGGAUCAUUUAGGGAGCGUUGUCAAAAGGAAAAUAUGUGAUGUCCAGCCAGAAAAUUCGUCAGCUCAUUUUUAUAGCAUUGAGGAGCAUGACACAGAGCAGACUCUACUCGAUCAUUCCAAGCUCCAAGAAGAAAAUGGAAAAGUGCAGAUAGACGACAUCCAUAGCACGUCGUCUGCAAAAAAAGACAGAAACUGUGCGCCAGUAUUCAGUAUGUGCGCAACACACUUCGCAUUCAUGAAGUACCAGGCGUUCUACCUGGUAACCAUAGGUGCUGUCUGUAGCAUAUACUCUUUGUUGGUGUUGGUUGUCUUGGUGGAUUUUGCGGAAGAGAAAGGCUUCUCCAGACAAGAAGGUGCCGUGAUGCUGUCUGUAACGGCUGUCGGAGACGCCUGCGCGAGACUGCUCUCUGGGAUAGCGUCUGAUACGAAGUGUCUGGAAAGGCGCACGAUGAUGUGUGCCAGCAACCUUUUGACUGGAAGCAUUUGCAUCGUGUUUCCGUUAGUUUACUCAUUCCCGUGGCUACUCGCGCUAUGUGCCGCGUUCGGGUGGUCUAGCGGUUGUGUAGUGGUGCUCUUUGGACCUAUCAUGGCUGACUCCGUGGGUCUUCAGAACUUUGGCAUGGCCAAUGGAAUUAGCAGGUUCGCAAUGGGAGUGGCGUACUUCGGAUGCCCAAAACUAGCAGGACACUUCAAGGACAACGUGGGAUCUUACACAGGACUGUUUUACUUCAUUGGAGUGUGUUGUCUCUUCGUUGCCAUGCUAUGGUUAUGCGAGAUCGUUCGGAGAAAAAUAAAACAACGCGCUGGUCGAAGCAUAAGUGCUGGAAACGCAGUAAUGACCUGAAUAAAUGAAUUAUAUGCUACACGCUUUAUUUCA